CAAUCACUCAGAAGUUCAGCUCGCGCGGUGCUCGCAAAACAGCGGUUUAGUUUCUGAGCGAUACUUCAUAUUUCAGCACAUUUUAUAGGACAUGAAAGUUCAGCACUUUAAAUAUGAUUAAACGUGGAUGUUUGACAGGUGUCAAGGUCAACAUUUAAACUUUUAUCGCCACAGUUUGAGUGCAACUUAGCACGUUAGCAGCUAGCUGUUAUUAAACUUCAGACACUAGACAGUGUGAAACAUUAGUGAUGUGACGUCAGUUUCACUGCAGACACGUGAUGCGAUGCUGCUGCUUUAUUUAACACAUUAAACAUUUUCUUUGACUGUGAGCUCCGUCAUCACUUGUGAACAUGUUGUGGGUUCAGAUGAUGCUCCUCUGGACUCUUCUGCUGAGCUGUUGGUGUCAGGUGGACGGACACAAUGGGAUGGAUUUCUCAGUCCUGCCGCUCUUCAGUCGUCCUGCAAACUCCAGUCACGUGUUCUACAGCGUCAUGUUUGACGCCGGCAGCACAGGCACACGUGUGCACAUCUACACUUUCACACACAAACAUCCAGAUGAAAUGCCGGUGUUGGAUAAGGAAGCGUUUGAUUCUGUGAAGCCUGGUUUAUCAGCGUAUGCAGACACACCUGAGAUUGCUGGAGAGACGUUACGAGAGUUACUGAGAGUCGCUGUGAGAGCCGUUCCUCCGGACCGAUGGAAGAGAACUCCUGUGAUCCUGAGGGCCACCGCUGGAUUCCGACUUCUGCCAGCGUCCAAAGCUCAAGCGCUCUUACAGCAGGUGCGAGAUGUGUUUGAUGAAUCUCCUUUUUACGCGCCGGCUGACAGCGUUGGCAUCAUGGACGGAACAAACGAAGGUGUUCUGGCGUGGGUCACAGUCAACUUUCUGACAGGUCAGCUUCGGCCCAACACACAGACCACAGAUGGAAUACUGGACCUGGGUGGAGGUUCAACUCAAAUCACUUUCCUUCUGAAGUCAACAAACGCUGUUGAAAGAGCCGAUCCAGAUUACAUCACAAGAUUGCAGAUGUUUAAUUCCACCUAUCAGCUCUACACACACAGUUACCUUGGUAACGGAAUGAAAGCAGCUCGGCUGUCGGCUCUGGGCUCAGAAGGUCUGGAGAGGAAGGUUUUCAGAAGCUCUUGUUUGCCCCAAAAGUCCACAGAAGAGUUUAGCUUUGGAGGUUUCACUUAUCACGUCCGCGGCACCACAGAAGGAGAGAGCAGAUUUCAGAUGUGUUAUCAGGAGAUGCUGAAGGUUGUGAAGGGGAUCAUUAAACAGCCGCAUGAGUUGAAAAACAGCUCCACUUUUUAUGCCUUCUCUUAUUAUUUCGAACACGCUGUGGAAGCCGGACUCAUCGAUGAAGUGAAAGGUGGAGUUGUGAAGAUCCGAGACUUCAAGAGACGAGCUGAAGAGUUGUGCAGCGGAGCGUCUGAACUCCAUCAUGUCAAUGCUUUUCUGUGUAUGGAUCUCACGUACAUCACAUGUCUGCUCAUAGAUGGCUUCGGUUUCAAAGACAGCACCGUUCUGAAGCUAACAAAGAAGAUGAACGAUGUAGAAACCAGCUGGGCUUUGGGAGCCGCAAUGAACCACGUUUACAAAUUCAAGAUUCACUGAAAAACAUUCAGAGCUGUUUAACGCUGCUAUUUCGUGGUGUUUUUGCCUUUAUUUGUACAGUUUCUAGUGAGAAAGUGGACAGGAAGUGGGAGAGAGAGGGGGUGGGAUUGGGAAAGGACCCCGAGACGGGAAUCAAACUCUGGUCUCCCGAUACGUUUUUUGAGCACUGGCUAUUGACGCUAUUUCAAUUUUAAUGUUCAUUUUAGCUUUUUAGAUGUGUUUCACCAACAGAAACCUUAUAAAACAUGUGAAGAACAUCAUAAAGAACCCGUCCUGAUCUCAUAGGCAACAUUUAGAAGAAAUUACAACCAGUUUUUGUGUUCGUUUUUCAUUAUUGUAAUGAGAUAAAUGGCAUGUGUCUUUUUCUUAGAAAAAUAAUUCUAAGAAUGUUCAGAUUUUUA